ACAGAGGUGUGCAUGUUUCUGCUCAGCGAGGGUGGGUGUGUUUUGUCUGACAGUGUCACACCUGUCGGGCGGUGCCGCCGGCGGGAUGCGUGUGGUUUGUGUGUGUGUGCGUGUGUUUGUGCGUGAGUCUCGGGAGCUUCUCUCCGUAAUGUGUGAGUGUUAAUGGAGCGCGGCGGGUCACGAGAGGAGCAGCGGACCUCAUGAAGUUGUUGUCGGUGUCUGGAGACCUGCUGCCCGGCUGCUUUCACUCGAGGCGGUUCCUUCCCCCCGGAGGGUGGAGAACUUCCUGAAGUGCCUUACUGUGAAGUGUUCUGGUUCUCCUGGAGAGUUCUGGUUCUCCUGGAGCGUUGUGGUUCUCUGGAGAGUUGUGGUUCUCUGGAGAGUUGUGGUUCUCUGGGAACUUCUGGUUCUGGUCAUGGCUCUGUCCCAGCUCCAGUGUCUGGAUGAGAACCACGUGAACCUGCGCACGCACGAGUCCAAAGUGGGCUUCCUGUACUGCGAGGACCAGCGGCUCGCGCUCGAGGCUCUGCUGCGGGAUGGCCGCGAGGCGCUGGUCAAGCUCCAGCAGGACCGCGGCUUGCGGGGCUUCCUCUCGGAGCCGGAGAUCGAGGCUCUGGCCGCGGCGGUGGAGCCCUACGACCCGGGCAUGGAGCUGUUCCUGGGGGACCCGGAGGACGGCGAGCCCCCGCUGUCGCUGCAGUACUGGCCCGAGCUGUCGGACACGUCCGUGCCGCAGAUGGACCUGGGCUGGCCCGACUGCGCCUCGUACCGGGGGGUGACGCGCGCCACCGUGUACGCGCAGCCACCCAUGGAUGGUCAGACGCACAUCAAAGAGGUCGUGAGGAAGAUGAUUGCGCAGGCGCAGAAGGUGAUCGCAGUGGUCAUGGAUGUCUUCACUGACGUGGACAUCUUCAGAGAUUUGCUUGACGCCGGUUUCAAGAGGAGGGUUUCUGUCUACAUCCUGUUGGAGCGCACAAGUCUACCUCAUUUCCUGUCCAUGUGUCAGAGGGCCAACAUGCACGCGGGGCACCUCAAGCACCUCCGUGUUCGCUGCUCAGAAGGAUCAGAGUUCUGCACUCGGUCGUGCUCCAGGGUCAAAGGGCAACUGGGUCACAGAUUUAUGUUCAUCGAUGGAGACAAAGCCAUGUCGGGGUCGUACAGCUUCACCUGGAUGUCCUCGCGGCUGGACAGAAACCUGGUCACGGUGGUAACAGGCCAGGCGGUGGACUCCUUCGACACGCUGUUCCGCGUCCUCUACGUGACCUCCAGCUCGGUUGACCUCCGGCAGGUGGCCAUGGACCCUGAGCAGGAGCCCGAGCCCGUCCGGGAGCCGGCACCCGUCGCCCCUCCGUCUGCUGCGGAUUUAAGGAAAAUGUACAACCCUAAAUACGCCGUGCUUAUGGCCGGGAACCCCAGCAUGCACCCGCCCUCUGGUCCCAAAGAGCCCCAAAAAUCUGAGAACCUUGAAGUCCCAGGAAGUAAGAAGAGGGGGCAGAAGAAGAGCAGUAAAGACUCUCCACAGGAGGAUCCCCCCCUCCAUCCUGGACUUUCCCAUUUGGAGAAGGCCAACUUGAUCUCAUACAUACCGACCUGGCCAGAGCCGGACCCCCCUAGUGAUGUGAUCGGAUUCAUUAACGUCCGGGAUAGCAGCAAACCAAUUCAGGUCCAUCUGCAGCGAACCGAGAGGUUUGAAACAAGCCAGGCAGUCAGGUUCAGCAGUCCCUUCAGCAGGCCUGAGGAAAUCCUGCCCGAGGUGGCCCAGCGCAGGCAGUCCACUCCCAAUCAAGAGGAGAGGAACAAACACCAGGCAACACAAAAUAAAGCAAACGCUGAAGAGUGUGUGGUGGACGGUAAUCAGGCAACACAACCGAGCGCGGCACCUGAUGACAUCAAAACCAGAGGAGAAGCACCUGAAGAGAAAUCACCCACAUCGGGGCUGAAGUCUGAACCUGUCAAAGACACAAAUCAGGCUCUCCACACAGGAAGUGAACUGCAUUCAAACACGCCCACCAACCAAGGUACAGGUCACAACACUGCACCUCACCUCAGUGCACACACACCUUCUGCAUCCAGCAGCAACACAUCCCCUACCAACACUGGCAGGAGUUCACACAGCGCACAAACCAAAACGACAAGCAGUCCCGAGCCGCAGUCCCUCCCUGGAUCCACAGCAGUGCAGGGGACACACACCCUGGAGUCGGGUGUCUCUGAACAACACACACACACAAAGACAGAGGUGUCACAGGCGGAUUCCCACACGGAGCCACACAACUCCUCAGAAACACCUAACUUCCAGACUCCCACCUCCUCUGCUUCUCCUCACCAUCCUCCACCUGUCACUUCCACCGCCCUCUCUAAAAAACACCACACAGCCUCCACUGCAGUGCACACAAGGACAGCUACCAGUGUUUGUAUUUCUGUGCCCUCACCCAGCUGCUCCUCUUCCAUUCCCCCUCCUAUCUCUUCUUCUACAACUCUACAGCCUCCCCUCCCUCCGACCUCUGCACCCCCUCCAUCGACCCCGGGUGCACCCGUCCCUAAACCUCGCACUGUCCAUCUGGUUAUCAAAAGCGGUCACACCCCUGACGGCCAGGAGCUGCCAGAGAUCAGUGUUGUCAGUAGACCGGGGACCCCGGCCAGGAAAUCCGAAGAAGCUCCACAGCAGAAGCAGAAUGCCACUUCCCAGGAGAUGAAGGAUGACGUACCAGAUGGACCACACGAUGACAGAGCAGCAACACAAUCAUCCGCUGAAGCCAAACAUCAAGCCCAGUCCAACGGUGUGACCGCUGAUGCACCGAAGGCACCGAGUGUGAAUAUUCAAGAAGGAACUCAGAAAGAAGUUGAGCCCGAGAGUUUGACGCCAUCAGAAAGCGAAAACCCCCCGAAGAAGAAGGAGGAGAGUGAAUGUGCAGCCGCAGAACAGACACACACCAGGGCCCCGGAGAAAACCUCUGACUUUACCGAAGUGCCGAAUGACAAAGGUGAAAAUGUGGUGACGGGCAGAAAAUACCUCGCAAGAGCACAUGAGCCUCAGAGAAUAUUAUACUGUGAAGGGAACGCGCCUGAAUCUGCCACGAUUAACGCACACGUACCCAAAGACAGUCAGCACGGUGGUAGCCCUGGUGUCACUGCAGCACAACACACACACAUUAAACCAAAACACAACACACACAUCAGUAUUACCUCCCAAGAAUCCCCACAGAGCCCUAAAGCACAGGGAGGGUCACGCACCAACACACACGUGACAGCUGAGCGAGAGUUGCAGACGGUUAUUUCUCCCGUACGCACGCCGACCCCGGACGGAUUUCUUCCCCGCACCCCCACCCCGGACUCACGAACACACACUCCAGACCCACGGGCGUACACACCAGACUUUCAAACCCCCACGCCCGACGGGUACAUGUCACCGAGGGACAAUCUCUCCACCACAUCGGACGAGUAUUUCGAAUGUAGCAGUUCUCCUCUGCACGACCCGGUGUUCGACCGAGCGGGUUCACCCAACCACGGGCCGACGGGGGAUCCCGGUAGCUCCACGCUCUCAAAUGGCCCAAGUGCUGCAACGUGCACUGCUGCUGGUCCAGUGCACGUGAACAAUACGACUUGGGCGGAGGAGGACGCCAACAAUGACAAAGAUGAGAAGAUGAUGAAACUCAGUGUUAAAGAGAGGCCGACAGAACGAGGUGACCAGGCAGGAGCCGACCAUCAUCAAGAAUCGAUAGAGGUGGUGGAAAUAGACCAGAGGGCCCAACCUCAAGCCGCUAACAGUAAACGAGUGAUGAACCAAGGAGGAGCUCCGGGGGAAUCGAACAAUAACACAACAAAGGACGGCGUGAGACCAGACGAGGAGCAGGAGGAGGACGGGAGAGACAGACCUCAGUCACCCAGAGAGACUGAGAGACAGAAGUCUCUGAGACGACAGCUGCAGGACGGGGGUCCUUCUCCUCACAGACCACCCAGACCACCUCCUCAACCAGUGGGUGCUGUCGGUUCUGCGACUGGGCGGAAGCAGGUGGAGGUUCCCAGCAGUGUGAGCCAGGCCCUCCUCCCUCGACUGCCCCCAGUGACUGAGAGCAGGAUGAGGAGCGGACAGUUGCAGAGGCAGCAUCCGAACCCAAGAGCCCCGGCCCCUGGUGUCCACUCGUCCCAGCUCCGUCCUCACUAUCAGAACCAGGAGGAGUCUGUGCAGGGGGCCCACAGGCAGGAGGACGGAAAGGCUCCGUUUACCCUCAGCCUAAGCAAGCUGUACAACCUGAAGGGACUGAAGGACAAGAUGAGCAAGCUGCCCGCACAGGGCAUGGGAGGCAGCGGCAGCCGUAAGAGCACCUACUAGUCUGGCCCCCCCCCCACCCCCACCCCCCCAUAUGUUCAAGAAAAAGCUUUACAAACUCAGGACUUGACACAGUAAACACACAAUGAAAGAAAUGCCCAAAAGAACAGUUUUCUGUCCUGUGCCGACUUGGCUCUGCAUCAUGUCUUUGCUCUGGGGUUCUGCUGACUGAGUGACUGACUCAACCCUGACCUCUGACCCCUGACCUGUGGGUUUAACCUGCUCAUGUCUUGCUUGUUUGAUGGAGGACACGUUUUUAAAGGGACAAUGUGUAAGAAUUGGGCCGACUGUCGAAUCCUGAUGCUGCGUUCACACGGAACACGACGCACAUAUUUCACUGGUCGAGAUAACAUAUAGAAAGUCAAUGUGUAAAACCACAGUUGGACGCGUUACGCAGUGUCGGAGGAGACCAGAUGAAUACUCACAGUAUUUAUUGGUUCCUUAUGAACCCAAUAAAUUCAAAUGAAAUUCAAAUUGUGCGUUUAGGGCUUCACAAAAAUGUGUGUCGCGUACGGUGUGAACCCCUUACUCCAAACAACAAGAUGGCAGCCUUUUACCAUCAAAAUGCACUUUUGGUUCCCCCUCUCUCCUUUUCCCUUUCGUCAGGCUGCCCCCUGGACCUUUUUUGCACAUCUCUCUGUGCACCAGUUAUUCCUUAUCUGCUGCAUGCAUGCUUUGCAAAUGGGUUCACUAUCACCAGCACCUCUUGAGGUACAAAGUGGUAUUGCGAGAGAUAAAGAGAUACUUUCUGUUUAGCCACAUGCUCACGUGGACAACAGGAUGUCUACUGCACAUGUUCCUGGAGUAUUCCACUAGAGGGCGCACCACAAAACUAAGACUACAUAGAACUUCCAAAUUUAAAGUUGGUCGCACCAAACGGACACAGGGUACGCCAGGCAGCCAUGACGUGUGCGUGUGGUUAAAGGCAGAUGGAAUAUCUCCAGCCUUACACUGUGUAAGCAGACAAAUGAGUAAAUGUUCAAAUGGCUAACAUAAUGGCAGGUGAACACAUAUAAAAUACACAUAGAAAACAUGUUUAUGUUGUGUUUAUUUAUGCGGAAUGACCCACAUUUGUAUUAUAACAAACCGAAUCUGUGCAUCUGUAUAUUAAAAGUUUAACAUUCUUUAAUUGAGGGUUAAAACUGACCAUGCAAAAAAGUAUUUUACUUCUCAGACCUUUAAUGUUUUGUAGUUUUUCCAUUUUGUUCUGUACACUGAGACACUCAAGGAGUCGGGUCGUUGAUUUAUUCUUUGUUUACACAAAAUCCCAUUUACAUUCUAAAUGCUUCUUUAGCCUGGAAGACAAAGUUUCAGUGUCUGUGGCCAAAACAAAACUUCAGGGUCACAGUGAACCGGACGGAGUCGGUGCCCUGGAGGUUCAGACGUCCUGCAGAUUGUUGUAAAGAACCUUGAGUUUCCUCCGAGGACAAGAAACAAAUAAACAAAAAAACAUGUAAGACAGUUAAACUAUCGGGUGAGAAAACAUGAGAUGUUGUUAUGGGAGAGAGACGUUCGGUUUGUGCACUAGCUGAAUAGUUGUGUGUUUUCUCCUUAGCCAUUGACUGUAGCGAUUCUGUUAAUCUGUCCUUGCAGCUGCUCGUGCAAUAUGUUCUCUCUGUUUCUCUUUUGAUUCACUGCAAUAAUUUAUCUCUUUACCUGACGUCCAGCAAACCUCAAAGCAGAAGACGAGACGUGGGACUAUCUGUAAUCUCCAGUCAUCUUUCUCAUCCUGUUACCAUUCUGCAAAUACCAUCUACGUCAGACACAGUUCUGAGUCGUUAAAACUGGUUGAGCUGUGAGGGAGAGGUGUAAUGAUUUAUUAUCAAUCUUCACAGAAAUAUAACUUUUAACAUUUUAAGUUUUAAGUUUUCAUUCUGGGCUGUGAAAUCAGUGACACGUGAUGCGGAGGGGAAGAGGAGGAGAAAAUGGACGGAGAGAUAUCUUGAUUGUCUGGAAGGAAGUUGUGUAAACACGACAACGCACACCAACUUUCACACACUCCUAAUUCCUUUUGUCUGCAUAUUCAAACCAGUCAAGAUCGUUUAACACCUGAAAAUGCUGCAACGAUACUGGAUAACAUCUGUUUUAAUAGAACUUGCCGACUAUAAAAGAGUUCUGAGAAAUAAAAUAGCCCUGAAAAACGA